UAUUUUGUCGUCAACAUGUAAAUUCUCCAUAAUAUUAAGUUCUUUACAGUAUCAUUGUGGUUGUCAUUUGGAGGAAUUGAAUGUUCGAAUAUUAACAUAAUAAAGUGUUACACUAUUUAUAUUUAACAAACUUUAAAAACAUAUGUUGAAAUUAACAAAAUGGUUUUGCUGGAAAAUGAUGCGUUUUUAGUGGAAUUGACACGACUUUUCGACAAAUCUCGACUUUCUGGUUCUGUAGUACUUACUAUUAAAAGGUUUAAUGGACAUAAUAAACCAGUGCCUAGAGAAGGUAGACCUCCUUUACCAACACCAAGUGAAUUUCUUUGCUUAGUAAGAGCUACAUUAAGGUCAAAAAAGAUUUCCACUGUUAUACAUUCUAAGGAUGUAAAUAAAUUUCAACAAGCAUAUUGGAACUUAUUAAAGUCAAAUAUCAAUGGUCUUAAAAAAUUGAAAAAAGUAAAAUCUGUAAAACCUAAAGUUCAUUGAUAUUUUGAUACUUAUUAUUUAAUAUUUAUGUAUUAUAUGUUAUUAUUAAACUUUUGAUUAACAUGAUACAUUUUAUCAUUAAUGUAUAAUGCAAUACUGCCCAAGAAAUAAAUUACAUUUUACAAUGUAAAACAAUGUCAAUACAAAUAAAUUGUUGAACUUUUAUAAAUAAAUAUAUAUAAAAUA